AUGGAUGAUACUUCUUUUGUUGAUAAAGAUUUGCAAUCACGACGAAAAAAUAGAUUUGAAUGUAGAGAUGGGAUGUUGUCUCUGAAUACUGAUAUGGAGUCAAAAGUUGAGAUUGAAAGUGAAAGAAAAAAACACAUAGAAUUGGUUCAUUCUAAAAUCUCUAAUGAUGCAAUACCAAAAGUUGGUAUGGAGUUUGACACAAAAGAAGAAGCUUAUCAUUUCUAUAAUGCUUAUGCUUACAAGAUAGGUUUUAGCAUUCGAAGAAGUAAAAUGCAUAAAGAUUUAGAAGGGAGGAUAACAAAUAGAGUACUUUGUUGUUCAUGUGAAGGUUAUCGUGAAAAAGAUAAACGAGAUGUCACGGUGAAAUCUCAUCGUGCUGAAACAAGAUUUGGUUGUUUAGCACGAAUGAAAAUUUAUUGUCAAAAUGGUAAAUAUCGUGUGGUUGAGUUUAUUAUUGAGCAUGCACAUAUGACUUCAAGUCCUAGUAAAAUUCAUUUACAUAGAUCUCAAAGGAAAUUGACUCUUGCUCAAACAUCUGAAAUUGAUUUAGCCGACAUCUCAGGGAUUCCUCCCAAGGCAAGUUAUGACUUGAUGACUAGGCGAGUGGGUGGGCAUGAGAACCUUGGAUAUACCAUUGAUGAUUGUAGGAACUAUUUGCAAACUAAACGAACAAUUCAAAUGAGAUUAGGUGAUACCGGAGGUAUUCUUGAAUAUCUUCAAGGCAUGCAAUUAGAAGAUCCUGCUUUUGUUAGUGCCAUACAAGCUGAUGAAGAUGAUAUGAUAACCAAUAUAUUUUGGGCAGAUGGAAAAAUGAUGGCUGAUUAUUUUCAUUUUGGUGAUGUUAUAUCUUUUGAUACCACUUACAAAAAAAAAUAA